AUGGUAUCGUGUGCUUAAUAUUGCAUGUUUAUCUCAGCUCCAGGAUGCAUCUUCAUGACAUAUUUGGGAUUUAUGAUCGCCAUUGGAUCUGAAACUGUUUAUGUAGUACCUCAUAGUCGAAUCGAAGGAGCCUUUGCAUUAUUUAUUACAGCUGUGCUUUAUGCUAUAUUUUUUGCAAUCAGCUACAAUAGUGAAUAUUCUCAAGUCUAAAGACAGCAGAAUGUUGACGAGUGGAUUAAUUCCCAAUAAAUCAGAGAUGCUGAAUUGGAAAUGUAAGACAUUCCAAAGUAGCCAAAAUCACAACUGUCUGAACCCGUAGAACAAUUAUAAUGA